GGAAACGAUUCGAUACAGUUCUCAUUCUAUUGAUCACAAACCAGACAUUUGUUAGUACGCCUACGUAUUGAUAAUUGUAUUUCAGCGUUGUCCCAGUGGUAACUGACCGUCUACUGCUGCUGACCAUUCCAGUGAAGAUCUGACCUCAGGGCUGAAGACAGCCUUCUCUAUCGCUGCCCCUCUCUCUGGAACUCUCUGCCCAAACUCAUCCGAGACGGCAUUGACCUUUCCUUAUUUAAAUCUCAAAUCAAAACCCACCUUUUCACAACUGCUUUUAUUGUGUGAUUGUGUGCUCUAUGCAUUUUUUGUAUAGCUCUUUUAUGAUGAUUUUAAACGUUUGUAAAGUGUCUUUUAAGUAUUAUGAAAAGCGCCAUUUAAAUACAAUGUAUUAUUAUUUUGAUUACUGUGCCCUGUAUACAUAUUUUUGUAUGUUUAUGCUUUUUUCUAUGCUUGUCGGUAGGUAAUUACUAGCAAGGAUGCCGAUGCCGCACGUAGGGGCAGUAUUUGGAGCCAUAGCAGGACUGUUGGCCAUCAUGUUGCACUCCUCUGUUCACAAGAUAGAAGAAGGACACCUUGCUGUGUACUACAGGGGUGGGGCAUUGCUGACUUAUCCCAACCAUCCUGGAUAUCACAUUAUGAUGCCCUUCAUUACCACAUUCAGAUCAGUGCAGACCACUCUCCAAACUGACGAGAUCAAGAAUGUGCCUUGUGGAACAAGUGGUGGUGUGAUGAUCUAUUUUGACAGAAUUGAAGUUGUUAACAUGCUGGUCCCUUCAGCAGUGUUGGAAAUUGUGAGGAACUACACAGCUGAUUAUGACAAAACUUUAAUAUUCAACAAGAUUCACCAUGAACUCAACCAGUUCUGCAGUGUACACACACUGCAGGAGGUCUACAUCGAGUUAUUUGACAUCAUAGAUGAGAACAUGAAGAUUGCUUUGCAGAAAGAUCUCAAUAUUAUGGCACCUGGACUGACAAUACAGGCAGUCCGUGUUACCAAGCCAAAGAUCCCUGAAUCUAUCAGGAGGAACUUUGAACUCAUGGAAGCAGAGAAGACUCGUCUGUUAAUAACAGCUCAGACUCAGAGGGUGGUGGAAAAGGAAGCUGAGACUGAAAGAAAGAGGGCCAUUAUUGAGGCUCAGAAAGUGGCCCAGGUAGCCGAGAUCCAUUUCCAACAGAAGGUGAUGGAGAAAGAGACGGAGAAGAAGAUCUCUCAAAUAGAGGAUUCUGCCUACUUGGCGAGGGAGAAGGCUAGAGCUGAUGCCGACUUUUACACUGCUGAAAGGUUUGCUGAAGCAAACAAGGUGAAGUUAACCCCAGUGUACCUGGAGCUGAUGAAGUACCAGUCCAUAGCAGCGAACAGUAAGAUCUACUUUGGCCAGGACAUCCCAAACAUGUUCAUAGAGGGAACCUCUGUCCGCCCGUCCAGUGCUCAACCAGACUUCCUAAAAACAAAACUAGAAGGGUAAAGAGUCCACAGCUGUGCCUCUGCAAAGGACAGGAGAACCUGUCUGUCCGGUGGGGAGCAUUGUACUGAAGAUGAUGCGUGGGAUAGCUUUGCAGCUCGUUUUGUGAAUAACACACUUCAGUCUUAAAUUUAAAUGGAAAACAAAAAGGUGUGAAAAUUGAAAGGCACGCGGAAGUGAAAGCAAGAUAAAAGGGAAAGUGUUUUUUUUUUUACCUUCCAUUCUUUUGGGGAAGACAGGUUUUAGGAAUAAGAAUGAUGCCAUAAUUAAAAAUCAAAAGCAUAAUAAAUGCUUCUGCCUGGGAAGAAGACAGCAAGUAGUCGUCUUAAUUUCCACGUGCUUGCAAUCAGUGCAGCUUAGCUGUUGGAUCUGCAUUCAUUUUUGUUUGUUGUAUGCAAGAUGAGUGAUGAAAACUUAUGAGAAUUAAUUUCUGUUUGAGCUGAACUGGAAACAAACAGGAGGCACUAAUUGAUUAAAUGUGGUUUGGUUUGUGUCAGCGUGCAUUGUGGGUAAGUCAUCUCUGCCAUCUUCUCUUACACUAAAUCCCGAGUUGGCUCUUCUCUCGCGACAUGAAGGAAUGUGAGGACUGGUAAUCACACCUCAUUAAAUGCUGCUUGUGGAGGAACUACAAAUAGUUAUGAGCAUUAUGCAUUUGUCAUAUACAAGUUUUCCAGUUGGUGAAAAUCUCAGACAUGAAAACUUGAUCUGUGAAAGUUGAUUUUUGAACUAUAGCGUUCUAGAAACAUGUGUCCUGACUUUGUUAAAUUGCCCCCGAAUUUGCAUAAAGUUGGAUACAAUCCUACAGAUCCCCAAGUCUUUGAAGUUGGAGGGCUCUCAUUGUGUUUUCGCAGUUUAUAUAUUUAAUAUAGAGUGGUGUCAGAUUGGUGUAAAUGCAGUUGUAGUUUCUGUUAGCUUGGCAGUAGUUUGGUGUUAGUUGUAGUUGAGAGUGCAGCCACCUCAUGAAGACUUUGAGAUGAUUUACUGUGAGGGGGAAGGGUUUAUUUUCUUAAAGCUAAUUUAAUUAGAUUAAUAAUUCAAAGUUAAUUAAUAUGGCAGUGUAACAAUAAAACGGUUGCGUGAUCGUGCCACAGGAGGAAGUUGUGCUUUGUAUUUGUUGUCAAGAAGGCAGCACAUCGUUCUCUCCUCCCUCUGGCUCUGGUGAUCAGGGCGUGCAUGUGGACAUGUGUCGUGGCUUGAUUCAGGUGGUUAGUAGUGCCUGCAAUGGUUUGCCAACUCUGCUAUACAGCUUAUCCAGAUGUGAUUAAUUGUAAAUUCUUAGGAAAUUGAGUUUAAUUUUUUCACAAAAAGCUGCUAAAUGUUAGACAGAGCUUAGACCCUUAAAAGUAAAAAUUGUGCAAAAAAGUUUAAAAUAUCUUUGAAACAAGAAAGUAACUUUGAUUUGUAAAUCUGAGACAUUGAGUAUUAUGAGCAUGUUGGUUUGUCGGUGUAUAAAAAUGAUAAACAGAAUCUCCAUUCUAUGGUCGAUGUUUACAUUUUUCUGUAAUGCAAGAAUUUAUAGGAUGCAACGUUUCUGCUAAACAAGAUAAUUUUAGUGGCGCACACAGUUCCUAAUUACAGUGCUAACUGACUCAAGUGAGAGUCUGUUUAAUCUCUGAUCAGUUGUGUGUAACGAUAUGAGUUCCAGUGCAACACAACAACGAGCAUUUCUAUUAAAAACAAAGCUUUGGCUUCAAUGAGAUGCAAGUUGGUGCUAGUUUUUAUUAUGUUAUGAUGCUUUUGGAUUUUGUUCAGCUCUAUUAUAUCGUACUUCCACUUUUCAGAAUGCAAGCCUUAAAUAAUAAUGGGUUAGCCCAGACUUAAAGAUUCAGUAAUUCCUAGAAACUAAAAAACUCCAUUUGAACUUAAGUGUGAGACUUCUUAAGAGCUUGGAUGUACAAACGGAACAGAACGGCCUCGUCACAGACUUUACCGAGAGACUGGACUAGCAGUAGAAACUAUUAGGGUUUGGAAGACGUUGUGAUGUUAACUUGGCUAUGAAUGAGAUUUAAAGGCUGCAUACUGCAUUUGCUUUGGUGGUGGGUUCAAAUAAAAAUGCAAACUAGGAGUUUUGAAUCAAUUUUUUGGGGGGUUACUAUUUUGUACAAUCUGGGACAUUUAAAACACCGUCUCCUUGUUCUAAAAGGUUUAUAUGCAACAAUGUUUUCAAGUUUUGACAAUGUUCUUGUGAAAUAAAACCUAUUUUGGUACCUCUCUU